UUGCACGUCCAAGUCGGGCUCUGUUUCUGUUGUCUGUUAUGACAAACAGAUAUAUUUAUUUUAUAUAAUUGUGUUAUACAAUAUGCUUAUGACCACGGAUGGCACACAGACUAGUCCGUGCUUGUGAGUUAUGACUAAAUAAAUAACUUCAGACUUCUUAUCAAACACUUUUUAUCAAAAUAUAAUAGAGUAAAAUAUUUCCUGAACUUCCAUGCAAUAAUUUAGUAUUGUGUCAGAUUUAACUAUUUAAGGUUAGAUCAUUUUGAUAAUUUGAUGUUGGUUUUCAAAAUUUCAAUCUGAUUGAAGAAUAUUGAAUUUGAAUUUAGACCYGUGAAGUGUGAAUAGUGGAUACAUGAAAUUUGAACAAUUCUAGUUUAAACUCAAGAUAUUUUUUAACUUUCUAGAAGUAUGGAAAAAGAAGGUAACAAACAGGAAAAUAAUCCUCGAAUACCAUCAGCAGUCUUUGUGGAUGAUGUAGAUAAGUUUAUGGAAAAAACAGAAAAUAGUAAUGUUGAAGAUGUACUUAAAAGAUUGGAUGAACAACAUAGCAAAUAUAAAUUUUUUGAAUAUAAUUUAAUUACAAAGAGAAAAAGAUUGCAAUCACAAUUACCCGAUUUAGAAAAUACACUUGAGAUGAUUCAAACUAUGAAAGCUCAUAAAGGACAACAGUUGAAGACAGACUUCUUGUUAUCUGAUGAUGUUUAUGCGAAAGCUCACAUACAAGGAACUGACAAUGUGUAUCUUUGGCUUGGUGCUAAUGUCAUGUUGGAGUAUAAUCUUGAAGAUGCCACUGAACUUAUUUCAAGGAAUAUACAAUUGGCUACAAACAAUAUGGCACAAGUUGACGAUGAUCUUGACUUUCUAAGGGAUCAAUUUACUACAACUGAAGUUAAUAUGGCCAGGGUUUACAACUGGGAUGUUAAACGACGACAAGCAGCCAAAACUAAACAAUAAACAUUUUAUUUAUUCUUAUGAAACACUAAUAAAUGCUUCUUUUUUUAUAAAAUUAAUUUAACCAU